CCUAUGUUUUAUGUCACGUUCCAGGGGAACAGAAUCAAAAAAGUAUCCUAUGUCCAUCUCCUGGUUGUAAGUGCAAGAACACCAUCUAAAACCAUGGAGCGUUAUGAAAAGAUUAGUAAGUUAGGAGAAGGAAGUUACGGAGUUGUCUACAAAUGUAAAAACAGGGAUACUGGAGAAAUUGUGGCCAUUAAGAAGUUUGUGGAAAGCGAAGAUGAUCCGCUUAUAAGAAAAAUUGCUCUUAGAGAAAUAAGACUGUUAAAAAAUCUGAAGCAUCCGAAUUUAGUCAAUUUACUAGAAGUAUUUAGGCGUAAAAGGCGUCUUCAUUUAGUAUUCGAAUUCUGCGAUAAAACAGUUUUAAAUGAAUUAGAGAGAUAUCCACGUGGAUUACCGGAGCAACUUACUCAACAAAUUACAUGGCAAACUUUACUCGCAGUUAACUAUUGCCACCAACACAAUUGCAUUCACCGCGAUAUUAAACCUGAAAACAUAUUAAUGACGUCUGCUGGAAUAGUUAAAUUGUGUGACUUCGGAUUCGCACGGAUGUUAAAUCCUGAAGAAAAUUAUACAGAUUAUGUAGCAACAAGAUGGUACAGGGCUCCUGAAUUACUAGUGGGAGACACACAAUAUGGAACGGCGGUUGAUGUGUGGGCAAUUGGAUGUUUGCUGGCAGAGCUUAUAAAAGGUGAAGCUUUAUGGCCCGGAAAAUCAGACGUGGAUCAGCUUUAUCUGAUUCGCUGUACUAUAGGAGAUUUACUUCCAAGGCAUAUGUAUGCUUUUAAAAACAACGAAUUUUUUCAAGGAAUCACUUUACCUACUCCACAACAAAUGUACCCUUUGGAAAUUAAAUUGCCCAUGUGUAAUAGUAUUGCUUUAGAUUUCAUCAAAAGAUGCUUAGAUAAGGAUCCAGAAAAGCGUUGGUCAUGUCAGCAAUUAUUGGAACAUAGCUACUUUGAGAAUUUUCAUUUCAAAGGGACCGACUCAGUCGAUCAGUACAACCACACUAGGUUUAAUAGAGACAAAUUCAGGCAUUCCAGUAACACAAUGUGUUUACCACAACUUAAGGAUAAUAAAAGUCCUUUAAAGCAAACUCUUCAAGGUCAAUUGAAAUCCAAUGUUGAACAUCUUCCUACCAUAUAA